GGCACAGAGCAGUCAGGAUGGAGAAUCUGGGAGCAGAAUCCAAUCCAGAUAAUGUCAUGGAGUUGGCCAUAUCCCUAUCCGAGCAUGCCACCCCCCCGGACGAACUGGAGAAGGGUCUCUCUCUGGGACCCCCCCCAAGAUCUCCCCCUGUGCCCCCUGUGCCUCCUGUGCCUGGGGAGUUGAAGAGAUCCCAGCCCCUCUUCAUUCAGUGUGGCAGGAAGUCGAAGGAGGAGGAGCUCCGAGCCUCGUCUCUGCCAUCCAUCCCCAACCCCUUCCCCGAGCUGUGCCACCCCCCUGCCCACUCCCCCAUCCUGGCCAGCUCAUCGGGGGGGCGGGGGCUCCUCUCCUACGAUGCCAGCGGCCCCCACGUGGUGAAGGUGUACAGUGAGGAUGGCUCAUGCCGCUCAGUGGAGGUGGCAGCAGGAACCACCGCCCGGCGCGUCUGUGAGAUGCUAGUGCAGAGGGCACACGCGUUGAGCGACGAGAGCUGGGGCCUGGUGGAGUGCCACCCGCACCUGGCACUGGAGCGGGGUCUGGAGGAUCACGAGUCGGUGGUGGAGGUGCAGGCGGCUUGGCCCGUGGGCGGGGACAGCCGCUACGUUUUCCGCAAGAACUUCGCCAAGUACGAGCUCUUCAAGUGCUCACCUCACUCCCUCUUCCCUGAGGCCAUGGUCUCCAGUUGCCUGGAUGCCAACAAGGGCAUGUCCCAUGAGGAGCUCAUACAGAACUUCCUGAACGUGGGCAGCUGUCCGGAGAUCCAGGGUUUCCUGCAGCUGCGGGAGGCGGGCCGCAAACUCUGGAAACGUUCCUACUUUUUCCUGCGCCGCUCGGGCCUCUACUUCUCCACCAAGGGCACCUCUAAGGACCCCCGGCACCUGCAGUACCUCGCCGACGUGAACGAGACCAACGUAUAUGUGGUGACGCAGGGCCGGAAGCUGUAUGGGACGCCCACGGAUUUUGGCUUCUGCCUCAAGCCCAACAAGCUGCGUGGCGGGCACAAGGGACUGUGGGUGUUCUGCAGCGAGGAUGAGCAGAGCCGGAGUUGCUGGGUGGCAGCUUUCCGCCUUUUCAAGUAUGGCGUCCAGCUCUACAAGAAUUACCAGCAGGUCCAGUCCCGGCACAGCCAACUCGCCUGGUUCGGCCCCACCCCUCUGAGGAGCGUCUCCGACAACACGCUGGUCGCCAUGGACUUCUCGGGCUGUGCGGGCCGCGUCAUCAAGAACCCACGGGAGGCGCUGAGCGCCGCUCUGGAGGAGGCUCAGGCCUGGAGGAAGAAGACAACUCAUCGCUACAGUCUGCCCACCCCCUGCCCGGGCACCCCGCUCAGCGUGGCCCUCCAUCGCACUCAGCCCUGGUUCCACGGACGCCUCUCCCGCGAGGACACGCAGCGGCUCAUCUGGCAGCAGGGCCUGGUGGAUGGCGUGUUCCUGGUGCGGGAGAGCCAGCGUAAUCCCAAGGGCUACGUGCUGUCCCUGUGCCACCUGCAGAAGGUCAAACACUAUCUCAUCUUGCCCAGUGAAGAGGACGGCCGCCUGUUCUACAGCAUGGACGACGGGCAGACCCGCUUCACUGACCUCCUGCAGCUGGUCGAAUUCCACCAGCUCAACCGGGGUAUCCUGCCCUGCCCACUGCGCCACUGUGCCACCCGUGUGACUCUGUGAGGUGGGGGCCGGGCGCCAGGGCUCCCCGCCCCAUCCGCCCGGCGCACGCACACAGAGACACACUCUGCCCCUUCCUUGCCACCCUCUGCCCCCCACAGGGACUAGGAACUGGGCCUGACACUGCCCACCCUGUUGCCCAGGGGCCAGGCCGAAGGAAGGGGGCAUUUGAUGCACUUUGGAUCCUUUCACAAAUAUUUAACCCUCCUCCAGGCCUCCAGCUUUCUCCUCUCUCCCCUAACUGCCCCAGUCCGGCCCCCCACCUCCUCCCAGGCCUGAAUUCUCGUCCGGGUGUAUUUGGACGAGGGGCGGGGGGCUCUCGGGGGGAGAGACUGAGCAGUGGAGGGGGCAAGCAGGACCUGGCAGUGGACUCUUUUAGGGGCCAGUCCCUGCCCAGGCCCCAGGGAGCCCCCAACCAAGCUGGAGGGGGCCCGGCUAUAGCGUGGUCCUCCUACGAGUCUAUCAGUGGUCACGGGCUUGUUGCCUUUCCCUCUGCUCUUCCCCAAGGGAGAGGGGGCUGGUCCUCUUCUCCCCCUCCCCAUCCCGCAGUAGGGGAUCCUGGAGCAGAGUUUGGAGAGAGCCGGGAGCUAGAAACCCCCUCCUCCUCCUCCUUCUCCUCCUCUCCCACUCCAUCCUGUACAGAUUCAAUGGCCAGUUAAUGGGUUUUCUACCACUGACAAUAAAGGUUAUUUUGUGAUACUCA